CCUAAUCGAACCAGGGUUUAUCCGUCCCGUCCCCCCCCCUUCAAAUUUUCGUUUUCAAAAAACUCCACCAAAAACUUUCGAUCACUCCGCCAAACCUUCUCCAACUGUAGCAUUCAACUCUCGUCUCUUUCCUUCCAACUUCACUCACCUCUUCUCCGUGACCCCCCCCUCUCUCUCUCUCUCUGAAGCAAUGACAAACUUCAAACCCUAAUCUGUAUCUACCUGUACGACACUCACACAUCGCGAUGGCCACGUCGGCGUUCAAAUCAACCACGAGUCGGACACCAAUCGGGGCCGCACCGGCCACCGACGUCUCCGGCUCCUCAGCUUCCUCUGCCACCAAGGCUCACCGCCGGUCGAGGAGCCUCAGCCGGUUCUCCCGGAGAGUACUGGGGCCGGAGCCGGAUUCGGACCCCGGCGAGACUCCGGCGUCGACGGAGUCGAAGGGAAAGUUCGUUAACAAGGUGAGAGGCUCGGGGUUUGGCGACAUAAGCCUGGAUGAUCUGGCGAUCGAGUUCUUCUCUCUCAAGGAUGAGAGAGAGAGCGAGAGGGGACGGUCGUCGUCUCGGCGGGGUGCUGGCGUUGGUAGUCGUGUGGCCGCUCCGACUGAGUCGUCAGAGAGGCGGGGGAGGUCGGUGUCGAGACAGAGGUCGGGAGGUGGUGGUGGGAAGAGUGGGAGUUUGGGGGGUGGUGGUGGAAGGAUUGGUUCGGAUGCUAGUUCGAGGAGGAGGAGGUCCGUGUCGGUGGUUCGGUGCCAGAUUAGCGAUUCUGAGAGUGAUAUAGAUCAUCCUCGGAACUCUAUCAAUCAUGGAAGUGCGAAGAGUAUAACUGGUGGAAAUAGCCAGAUGCCCUCAUUACAGAAGCCCACAGCUUUGAGUCAUCGACGGUUAGGAAGGUCCCUCAGCCAGAAAGAUCUAUCAAAGAAUGGCUACUCUAGCCAGUCUUCUGCACUAACUGAUGAUGAAGCUAAGGAAACUUGCUCUGGUAAAAAUACGAUUGAGAAGACAAUUCGGGCAGUUUAUGCACAGAAAAAGGGGGAACAUCCUACUGGGGAUGAUGUGAACGGUGGGCUGUAUGAAGCAAUGCGGAAGGAACUUAGAUACGCUGUUGAUGAAAUCAAAAUGGAACUUGAGCAUGUUAGGGUGAGAACAACCUCUACUCUAGAAAGUGAGAGCUUUUUGCAGUCGGACAACUCCAAUGAUCGUCAAGCUGCUUCUAAAGUUAGAAAAAGUUACACAACAAAACAAGAACAGUCAGAGAAGCGUAAUCAAGACCUGGUAGCAGAGAUAGUAUUGGAGAAACAACAUGGUAGGGAGCUCCCUAAGAUUGUGAGAGGAUUGCUUCCUGGUCCAAAGAGCUCCGCCAUUGCAGAAAAACCAUCACGACCUCGAAAAAGGAGUAAUGACAGAAAUAGGUUGUCUAAGCGUUUGAGUGAAGAGGCAGAGAUAUAUUUCGAGGACUUCAUUUCAAAUGUUGAAGACACAGAUUUUUCUUCUUUUGAUGGAGAAAGGAGUGAUACAAGUUCUACUUUAGGAGUAACAAAGACUAGGGAUGCAGUCUUCCAGACUGGGGAAACAGAAACAUUUCGAAGCCCAGCAGGAUCUAAUUCUCGUCCUGAUGAAAUGGAUGGUGUUAAUCUGCCGUGGUUGCAAUGGGAGACUAGUCCAUCCAAGGAAAACAGAGUGCUACCUGUGACUCCGAAAAGCAUAGUGUGGGAUGCAGCUCAGGAAUUGGUUUCAGCACAAGAUCCAAGUGGUCAUUCCACCGGGAGUUGGAGCCCAGGAAUUGACAGCGCUUCAUCGAGUACCAGAGUAGGUACCGGAAGCAUACUCAAAGAAGUCGAAAGUCAUCAGAGGUCAGAAUUUGACAUGGACAGGUAUCUUAAUCUUAAACGAGAGGAAGAUCUUUUGUUUGAGAGAUGGAGGGAACGAAACCAUAUUAGUUCGGGUGGUCUCUUGCUUUGUAGGAAUACCUUCAUUUAGUCUUUCUCCUCGCUGUUGUAGAAAUGGUAAAUCCCAUUUUGAACAUCAGUCGAAUUUUUUGUAUAAAUGGUGAACAUUCUGCAGUGUUUGACUGGAAUCUCAUCUCUGGGCUGUAUUUAUUGGGGCGUCUAUUUUUGCCUCUCCUUAUCAUUCACCUUUGCUGCAAUCAGAAUAACGGUAUUUAAUCGUGA